UAAACAGUCCGACUUACUUCUGUCAUGUCUGUCACAUGUAACAUAAUGGACGUUAUUAGCCAACGUUAGUUCAUUUGUCGAUUAGUGGCACAACAGACAGGCCCUCUGCGGACAUCUAUCAGCCUAAUACUUAGUUAACAGUGACUUCGGGAUUGUUUCAGACUUUGGAUGGAGUCAGCACCCAAGUUUUCACUGUUUUGUGUAGUCACAACAAGGAGCCUCAGGGUUUGGGAUUCAGGUCACCCUGCACAUCAGCAAGAGAAGAAUGGUCAAAUAUUUCUGCAGUAACACAGACAUCAGGAGCACGUGGGACCAUGUUGUCUCUGCUUUCUGGCAGAGGUACCCUAACCCGUUCAGCACCCAUGUUCUCACAGAGGACGUUGUGUAUCGGGAGGUGACUGCGGACCACCAGCUCCUCUCCAGACGCCUCCUGACGAAGACCAAUCGGCUGCCACGCUGGGCAGAGCGGUUCUUCCCCACCGGCAUGUCUCGCUCUGUGUACAUCAUCGAGGAUUCAGUCGUGGACCCUGUCAACAGAAGCCUGAUCACCUACACCUGGAACCUCAAUCACACAACUCUCAUGUCAGUUGAAGAACGUUGCGUUUUCCUAGACUCGGCGGAGCAGCCAGCCUCCACCCAGCUGAAACGGGAGGCGUGGAUAUCCUCAAGUGUUUAUGGCUUCUCCAGACCUAUUCAGGAGUUUGGAUUGGCCCGCUUCAAGAGCAACCAGGUGAAGGCCAUGAAAGGGCUGGAGUAUGCACUGUCCAACUUACAGGGAGAGACGCCCCAGCGGCUGCUCAGGGACACGGUGAAGGACGCAUCAGGGAAGGCCAAAGAAGCAGCGAAGAACCUGGCUUCAGCUGCGACGGCCCCACAGAAACCCCAGCAGUACAUCUGACAAGGCCGUGUGUGAAGCACCGCAGGUGACAUGAACUCAACACAAUGCCUUUUGAUCAUCUCAGUCAUCUCAGCUAGACUGAAGUUUUGCUUUUCUGUUGUACGAAACAGCCUCUGUCCAAUUGGCUCUGAUCUCUAUGAUCUCUACGGUUAGACAGACUGUUAUUUCUUUCUCUCUGCUCUCUGUCUUCUCUGUUUCUCUCUUUGCUUUCAUUAAAUCUCAGGUCUUGUCAUGUCUUGCGCCUUCGUAUGAAACCUGCUGCCUUUGUGUAAACCUUCAGACCAGCAGCACCUUUUAAUGCUGCAGUUACGUCUAAAUGUAAAUGAAAACUUUGGCCAAUGUGUCGAGGCCACUUAUUUAAUAUUUAACUGUACUAUAGAAGACUAUUGAUUAUAUAUUAAUUAGAAGAAUAUAUACUUUUCCUUUCUCUGUGCAUUUGCUGCAGAAUGUUUAAAUUCUAUCUCAUAAGGUUUGACACUUUGGGAUUUCACUUGUUUAUCAAUCACUAAUCAGCUAAUAUAUAUAUAUAUAAUAUAUAAUAUGUUACUAAUUCAUGUAACAUAUUAUUAUGCUUGAGGAAUUGAUCCAGCCUAAAGUUCACAUUAGACCAAAUCAGAAUGCCAUGACUGCAUAGUUUUAAUUUCAUUUUAGCACGAAAAUACUAAGAUUAGAAGUUAAUGGUUUAAUGUGCACGUAGGGAUUAUUUAAACACUUUAAACAUUUUGUAUAAUGCUUCCUUUCCUUAUGAUUUCUACUUUAUUUGACAUUUUCUGGGUUUGCCACUGUAGUAAAUGUCACAGUUUCACACACAGAACACAGUACGUUUCACUACAGUCAGCACAUUCGCAUGCAUUUUGUAAUAUUGCGCCCAUAAACAGAAAGUUUAGUGUAAAUGCUCUAGGUUACUCACACAGCUUGUACCAGAGGUCUGAUAAUCAAAUGAUACCAAAGUGACUUAUAUCAAAAAAGACUGAAUGAGCAGUUUUCUCGUCUUCAUGCUCAGAUUCAUUGUGCGAUGUGAUUAGCCUUUCACGGUAUGAGUGUGUCACUGAGGUGCAUUAGUGAGAAUAGAUGAUUUCAAUCUGCCUGUUGAUAUGGCGCUGAAUUAUCGUAUACACUUCAAUGACUGCAUUCCCUUUUACAUGGCAUUGACUGGAUUAUUCUGCUGCAAGACUUGAAUUAAUAAGAGUUCAGAAAUAAUUCAUGUGAUGUAUUUUGAAGGAUUAUUAAGCAUUAAGCAUUUGUAAUAUUGGCUUCGUGCAUUUUAACCAGUGAGUAGUGAGAUGUCAAAAUAUGUAUAAAAAACUGAAUCCAGUGGACUUAUAUAGUUGUAGAUGUUUUGCUAAACAUCCAGUCUUUGUUGUCUUGUGUUUUUUUUUUCCUUGUCAAAUUUAGCUUUAAAUAAAAUUUGAUAAGUUACUGUUUUAA